UCUGGUUUUGUCUGUCACUGACCAGGCACUCGACAACGCUUUGUCUGUGAUCGCUUCAAACUGUGAACACUGCGGUCGCCAGAGUCCCCUCACACAGUCUAGACAGCCUGUCACCCUCCGAUCAUUCCACACACACUGAGCUGCUAGACUCUCCUGGGAGUCCCCGCUCCGAAAUAUCGCCAAUUAUUAUUCCGCACCGCCAUAUUAUUCUCAGGUAAUAAGUCCGAUACUGGAAUUUCGGUCAAAGUGUAUCAUAAACGGUUUGGGACGCUGGUCGAUAUUCUUCUCGCAUUUCUCGUUACGCCAAAUACCUCAUCCAUUCAAUCCACCAAAUAUACCAUUUCGUUACAAGAAUGGCAGGCCAGUCGAAGCCCGCACUUUCCCCUUGGGGAAGUGCCGUUGCAGGUGCUACAGGUGCAGUUCUAGCGAACGCUUUGGUCUACCCUCUCGAUCUAGUCAAGACGAAGCUUCAAGUACAAGUUAAGACAAACGACGCGAAAGACGAGAACUCCGAAACAGUUCACUAUAAAUCGACAUUAGAUGCGAUCACCAAGAUUGUCGAAAAGGAAGGAGUCGAAGGUCUAUACUCCGGAAUCGUUGGCUCACUCAUCGGUGUGGCGUCCACCAACUUCGCCUACUUCUACUGGUACACCGUUGUGAGGGCCUUCUAUAUGGCAUCUAACAAGGUCCCUAAACCUCCUGGAACUGCCAUUGAGCUUUCCCUCGGUGCCGUGGCGGGCGCGGUCGCCCAGAUAUUCACUAUUCCCGUUGCCGUAAUCACCACACGGCAGCAGACACAAGCCAAGGACGAGAGGAAGGGUUUGAUUGAAACUGGAAAGGAGAUUGUCGAUAGCGAAGAUGGUUGGACUGGUCUAUGGAGAGGACUCAAAGCUAGUUUGAUCCUGGUGGUCAACCCGGCAAUCACAUACGGCGCCUAUCAGCGCCUCAAAGAUAUCAUUUUUCCAGGCAAGAACAGUCUGAAGCCUUGGGAGGCUUUCCUCCUCGGCGCUCUCUCCAAGGCGCUAGCUACUAUCGCGACGCAGCCAUUGAUCGUGGCCAAGGUCGGCCUCCAGUCCCGCCCACCUCCAAGCCGCGAAGGAAAGCCUUUCAAGACAUUCGGCGAAGUUAUGCGCUAUAUUGUGCAGAAUGAGGGUCUCCUGUCCCUAUUCAAGGGAAUUGGGCCCCAGAUCAUGAAGGGUCUCCUUGUGCAAGGCCUUCUGAUGAUGACUAAGGAGAGGGUUGAACUCAUCUUCGUUCUUCUUUUCGCAUACCUGCGCAAGAUUAGAGAGCAGAAGCUCAAGAAGCUGGCGGACUCUGCUGCAUCGACAGCGAAGACCAGUCUUCCGGCGACCCUCAAAUAGACGUUUGAUUGAUUUUAAUUUAUGGCUCGGUAACUACCAUUUUUAUUGUACGAAUUUGUUUUUAUCCUCACUGCGGCGCACUGGUUGUGGGAUUUCGCCUGUCCUGUCAGUUUUUUGGUAUGACCGAAGAUACUACUGCAGUUGUCUAUAGAUAAUAACAGCAUGAUAUCUAGAACAUACAAUAGCAUCAAAAGGAUCAUCGCACUGCGGCAAGGGACUAACUGACUGUGCU